CUUGGACGUUAAACCGAGCCGUCGGUCGACAUUUUCGGCACAGCAUCAUCAGCGCUGACGUGGGAGCUACGUGAGCGGAGGCACAGGCCGUCCACUGUAAUUAGUGACGAGUCAGACGACGUAAAACUUCGGUAAUGACUAUGGAUGCUUCAGUGCCAUCUCAGCUGGAGAGCAGUUUAAACAGCUCAGUGACAGAUGGAGAAGAGAACUACGGUGACGCCAGUGCAUCUGAUGCAGAUCCUACUCAGGUUUCGGUGGCCGUAGAGUCCUCUGACGUGAUCGUCGCCCAGCUGUCUGAUGGUGAGACGGUGCAGGUCCCAGGUGUCAUCCAGGCCCCCCAGACAUCCGUUAUACAGUCACCGCAAGUCCAGACUGUCCAGGUGGCUACCGUAGCACAGAUGGAGGAUGAUGAUUCGCCUACAGACGUACAGAAGAGACGGGAGAUUCUCACCAGGCGUCCGUCCUAUCGAAAAAUUCUUAAUGAGCUUUCUUCGGAUUCGCCGGCAGUUCCGAAAAUCGACGAAGAGCAGGCGGAGGAUGAGGAGCCGGACUCCAGCGACCCCCCAGUGUCGGCGCCAUCCUCCAUCUACCAGACCAGCUCAGGACAAUAUAUUGCAAUCUCCCAGGGCAGAGCCAUCCAGCUGAGGAGCCCGGGAGUCGAAGCCAUUCAGGGGGCCCAGACCCUGGCAAUGACCGGCUCUCCCGCCCCGCAGCCUGGUGCCGCCAUCCUACAGUGUGCAGCCCAGCCCGGAGACGCCCCACAGCAGUUCUACAUCCAGGGAGGACAGGUGCUCAUCCAAGCCGCCACAGGAGACAUGCCCGCCUACCAGCUGCGUUCGCCCAACUCGGGCCUGGCCCAGAGCAUCGUGAUGGCCGCCUCCCCGGGCAGCAUGCAGAGCCCGUCGUCGCAGCACGCCGAGGAGAUCACCCGCAAGAGGGAGGUCCGGCUGAUGAAAAACAGGGAAGCAGCCCGCGAGUGCCGCAGGAAAAAGAAAGAGUACGUGAAGUGUCUGGAAAACCGCGUGAACGUGCUGGAAAACCAAAACAAGACCCUGAUUGAAGAGCUCAAAGCACUGAAGGACAUUUACUGCCACAAAGCCGAGUAGCGGCGGCGGCCGCCCGCGGUCCAGUCACUGAAAAAAAAAAAAAAACCAACGAGGCUGAAGACAGUUCACAAGCUGCUGCAGCAAAGCUUCAAAAAGAAAAAAAAAAAAAAAUAACUGACUCCGGAACAAAAACCGCUUCGACCGUCUUUUGUUUCUCUGCUCACUCAGGCCUGAUUCACGCCAAAAUUCAGGAGUGUCGCGGGGGGGGGGAAUUCGAGUAGCUCGAGCUUGCCAGUUUUGCUCUCGUUCUUAUCUUGUGCUCUUUUGCAUGUGAAGACUCAAGUGUUGUUUCGCGCUGUGCUUGCUGUCGCCGCCGUGCACGGGCGAGGCCGGGCCAAUGAGAGCCGGCCGGAAGGACAGGAAGAGGAAAUACAGGUGCUUCCUGAAAAAAAAUGUGCCGCUCAACCGCAGCGAUUACAGAGGGGGGGAGAGAGAAGAAAGAAGAAGUACGUCACCCUCGCAGGGGUUUGCCAGGUCUCAAAUUUCCCUGAGGUCGGACGAGGUGCACACACACACACACACAAAAAAAAAAAAAAAAAAAGCUACGCAGAUCCACCACCAGCGGCAACGGGGCAACUCAAACUGCACCUGAUCGUGUAACUCGUGUAAUUUUGCGCUUCUGAUUUUUGAUCGUUGCAUUCCUUCACGUGAAAUGUCCUUUUUGUCAGUAAAGUGAUUUCUCUUUUUUUUUUUUUCCUUUUUCAGUUUCUUGGAAAAUAUUGAUUUGGUCAAAAAGAUUUUAUAUAUAUUUAAAAAAAAAACAGAAGAAAAAAAAAAAAAAAAAAAAAAAACACAAUUAUCUAUUUUUCGGUCACUCAUGCACAGAACGUCAAAGUACAUUUCAAGCCGUCGUAGAUUGGCCUCGUCUGAGUUUGGGAAAGUCCGAACGAAGCUUUAUUUUUUCAAGUGGGAAGAACUUUGCAUUUGUAACGAAUGAAAACGGCUCUUCAGUCAAAGCACAGAAUGCACCAAACAGUGUGGAUAUUAUUAGAAAUUAUAUUCUAUUACAAAUAUUUGAACAAUUUAAUAUAUAAAUAAAUAAAUAUAUAUAUUAAUAUUCUAAGAAGAAAUUCUUACGUCUGAAAUGGUUGUUUAAUGUGUGGGGGGAAAAAAUUGGAGACAAAUCUUGAAGAAUAAAUGUUUUGCUUUACCGACAUCCACUUUGGAGUGAAACUGUUUUUGAUUGCGGCUUAAUAUUAAAACGCUCUGUUUAAAGGGUGAUGCCAAUUUUUUUUGUUUUUUUUUUGUAAAGAUGUUUUUAUUUUUAAAUACAUCCUCUUGUGUUAAUGUUUGGAGACUGCCUGCUUUCCGUGCUUCUGUUGAUGUUAGUUGUUCCCUGGAUUAUAUUUUAUUCUUGUUGUUAUUAUUAUUAUUUUUUUUUUCUGUGUGUAGAUAUUAAAGAGCGCUCCUCGGAGUAACGGACGUCUGCUGCGCGUCUGUUGCCAAAGCUCUUUUAAGUCGCAGUUCGGUUUUAUCAAUGAAAACAGUGUGAGUCACCCAGUGGCGGUCUCGAUAUUCACCAGCCAAGCUGUCGUGGCUUGUACUCGGACGAGUGCCCGUUCUGUUCUCUUCUCUUCUAUCAAAGCGCGACUGGUGAUAAAAUUCAGAUUUAUUUUUUUCUUGGUAUCGACUGAGCUGAAUUUUCCUGCACUUACUACUUACUUACUUGCUGUUUUAAAUGGCUCCAUCUUUUACCAGGUGUUCUCCUCUCAGUGUAUUACCUUGUUUGAACUGUAAAACUAUUUUUUUUUUUGUUUUUGUUUCUCCAAUAAAAUAUUUGAAUCUG